AUGCCCAGUAUAUAAUUUUUUUAUUAUUAUUUAAGAUCAUGACUAUUCUUUCUAUUGUUCUAGUUCAUUUUAUGGAGCUUUAAAUAUGUGUGUCAGUUCAACGUUCAUAUAAGCAACCAAUCAAUACUUAAUGAUAUAUUCAUUGAAUAAGAUUCCUUCAAUUGUACAAUAUUUUAGUUCUGAGGCUAAGGUAUGUAUAUUAAAUUAAAAGGAUUGUUUGAAUAAAUAUCUUUAUUUUAAAGAAGCAUUACUAUAAACUCUAUUUUUUCAUGUGGAUUUGAUGGUUAGAAUAAAGCAGUUUUCCUUUUUUUUUUAGAAUUUUAUUUUUCAUAAAUACUACACAUAUUUGUAUAUAUAUUCCACAAAUAGAUAUUUAAUUAUGGAAAAAUACACAGGUUUUUUGUGA